AUGGAUUUGGAGACCUUUUUACAAGUUAGAGAACAAGAACUUGUGGGCAAUGGGAUAAUGAUACUUCUGAUACCUGCUGCUCAUGAUGUGAUUGAUUUUAGUGUGGACUUGUAUGGUGGAAAAGAUUAUGAAGUUUUGGGAAGCUGUCUAAUGGACAUGGCGAAACUGGGACUUAUAAGUGAAGAAAAAGUGGACACUUUUAAUGUGCCCACAUAUUUUCCACGGCUGAAGGAUCUGAAGAAAAUGCUUGAGAGUAAUGAAGAUUUGAGUGUGGAGAAAAUGGAUCCAUUAGAUGGCAAUAACUUGGUAAUUGAGCCGAACUUAGGCAGACAUGUCUCUCAAUGCCGAGCUGCUUUCGAAGUGCUAAUUGGGAAGCACUUUGGUGAUGGAAUUGUUGAUGAAUUUUUUGAUCGCUUUGCUCAGAAACUUAUGAAAUCCCCACAACUCAUGAUGUAUCCCCAGAAGCUCAAACUUGUCAUGCUUUUUGUUGUUCUCAAGCGCAAGAUGUGA